AACUUCGCUUUGUUUUUGAGGUUGUACGCAUACUUUCAGCCGUUGCCUCUUGUAUAUAAAUUGCAGUCCUCCCCCAUCGCAUGCCGCUGUUCCUCCUAGGACUCCUAUACGCUUCCGCAGAACUUAGACUAAUUCUAAGAAGCAGUGCCAUGUACUAGAUUUUCCGGAUCGCGACCCAGCUGCGUCUGGCAGGGUCGCCUAGGAUCCCAACGUCAACAUCUCCAUCGCCAUCGAAAAUAAAUAGGGAGCUUCCCCCCAUCAAACCACCCACCCGCUUCGUCUUCUUCAUCCCCCCGAUGCCCUUGACCGAGGAACGCUCAACCCAAUGGCAGGACCAAUCCCCGACUUUUCAUUGCCAAACAGCUCUUUUUUUAACAUUUAUAAUGACGCGACAGUGAAACCCAGUUCGAAUUCGCCGAAUCUCCCCAACGGGCAAUGCAAUUUUGUGGACUUAUCUCAUGGCGCCUCGGGACCUAAGUGUGGAUGUCGUCGUUUCUGGAGUCGCAGCGGUUUAACAGCCAGGACAGACAGAAGAAGCUCAGCAGGAAUCUCUCCAGGAUAUGCCAAUGGAUUCACCAAUGGAAAUGCCGGCGGCCUAACAGAUGAUGCUGCGUGGUGUAUGUGUUCUCAUCAUGCUUGUUUCCAUGAUGAUGUCCGCGACAGCCAACCUCCUCUUGCUAUCGCCGCCAAUAAUGAUGUCGUAAACAAUGGCCAAGAAAAUGAGCGGCCUAGAGCUAGUAGGGAGCCUCUUACACCAGUAAUGCCGGAACUACCUUUCAAGAUACCUGCGCCAACGGAACCUAACACAGACUUUUACACAUUUAAUGAUGUCGCUUCUUUUACGAACCGCCUAGCGGAUCAGGAGAAUGCGCUGCGAGGUGAAGUCGCGGCGCCUGUGCAAGAACCCUCUAUUCCUGAUACAUUGAGUUGGACCAACCUCGUCCAGUCUAACCCAGAUGAAGCAGGCUUGCUUCCCCCAAUUCCGAGUCAGUGCCUGAUGUCUUCUCAGCCGAGCUCCACAACAUCAUCCGCCAGGAUGGGAUACCUUCGGCCGUUUAACGGGAAAGGACUUGGGACACUUAGUGGUGUCAGAUCCAAGUUACGCGAGCCUCUGGAACCCGAUGAUGAAAUACCACAGGAAGAUGAAACUGUUGCUCCAAGUAUGGGCCAUUCCAUGGAUGAUGGGCAGACAGUCGCAAAUACGCCGAGGUCUACUGGACGUGGAGAUGCGGUCGCAAGGCAGAGCCCGUCUCCUUCGGGACUUCAUCAAGAGGAGUUUAGGCAAUUGUCUGAUACUGUUCAUAGCCACGAACAGCGCUUGGAUCGGCUUGAAAACCCAUCCAUCUCAGCCGCUGGUCACGAUGCGUGUGAUGAGAGACAUGAACACAGCGACCUGAGAAUCACCGAGCUCGAGUCGCGUGUCGAAGAAGUCGAGAAGAUGAUUAACGAUAGCAGCAGUCAAAUUUCAGGCCAUCCACGACAUCCAGGCAUAAACGAAUCUAUAAAGAGUGUCGCGUCCGUUUCCACCGUAGGAAGCGAAUCCGUAGCGAGCCGCGCAGAGUUAUACAGCCAACUACAAGCUCUAAAGUCCCAACUAAGUCAACUACAAGGCCUCUCGUCGUUCCCUUCCUAUAGCCGCCCAUGGGAGGUUGAAGUCGUCUUCUUACCUUUCCCUCUCAAGAACGUGUGGGUGGAGUCCCACGACUUUGCGAGCCAGCCUCUUUCAAGCGGCAUCAACGGUGAACCUGAUCCGUGGACACAGCUGCCUAGCAGCUAUUCCAAUAUGGAUCCUCACUCGCCCGAUUUUGGCGAUUGGGCCGGCCCCGACUCCGAGUCUGAGUGGCUUUUCCCUCGGGCCUGCGCGCCCAAUCGUACCAUUGAGCAGCGGCUUAGGAGUCGGGGUCUUGUUAAGAACGUGACCGUCCGUAACCCAGACGCUAGAAGUGUCCAUCAGGCCGUUUCUGACGCGUUCGGGACUUUGUUCAGGACCUUCUCUCGCAUGCAAGCGAACGUCCAUCAUGGUUCGACCCAGCACCAUCGUGUGGCUAAAUUCCUUGGUCUACAGUCGCCAUGGGUACCUCUUCGCAAAAUUCAUAAAGAUGCGAGACUUCGUUUUCUCUCGCCGCCCGAGAUGGUAACGCCAGUAAUAUGGGAUGUCCCAUUUCUACGUUCAAGCGUAGUCAUGAAGGCAACUGGUGUUCAGCGUCUCUUCAUCACUCAUCCCGAGGCGUACUUACAAGAUCAAGGGGCAUAUGAUAAUGGGUGGAAUUGGCAACGCCUUCGCGAACUUAGUCGAGUUUACGCAGACUCCCAGAGCCAAAAUAGUCAAGAGGUCCCUGAAGCAGACGCCAUGGAAGACUGUUGGACAUGGAACGAUACCCUCGACGAGCAUCCCGCAAGCGCCGUUAGCUCUCAGUCUCUCAGCCUUCGACAAGCAGCUCAACGCAAUUGGCGGGCGACAUCGAUGUCGCCAGCCCAUAGACUUCUUACUAGCAUGACGGGCGCGUCGCGCGCGUCGCCCUCUCUCGGAACUAAUCGUUCCGCUUCUCGCGCCAAAUCCCCCGCAGUGCUUAGGGAACGUAAAGCCUCCAGGCCACCUCACAUUCGCACCAGUUCUUUGCCUCCAACUGCGCAGUCUUUCGCAUCACCAGCACUAAUACCAGCAAAACGUCGAGUUACAUCAUACGUUCCUCAAUUCGAACGACGCGCCUCGCCGCAGGUUCGCAUUGGCCCUUCGAUGGGACAUAUCACAGCCGUUGUGAAACGUCGUGGCACGCGGUCUCCUUCUGUGCGACCGCGAAACACGCCACGAUGGAGUACGUCGUCGCCUAGCCCGAUGCCUGAAAAUUACCUGCAUCGCGCCACCACACCAUUUUAUGCCACGCCGCAUAGCAACGCUCCAUUCUUCGAGGCGCGACCUGGUCGCGGUGGAGUUGUCGAUGAUGGUGAGAGUGGUAGUGGCACCGACCAGGAUGGUCAAGGAGGCGAAUAUAUGGACGAAGAUGAAGAGGAUGAUUCGGAGAAGAACGACAGUCCUAUGCUUGACUUCACCCACGUGGGGGAAUCGCAAGAGUCCUGGCAAGAUGGCCAACUGCUCGGCCCAGAAGACGAACCGUGGCCAGGCAUUGAAGAUGCAGAGAACCGCGAUCCAGACGAGACGAUCGAUAUCCACGUCGAUGAUGACGCCAUGAGCGACGCUGAAGAUCUCGAAAACAGAAGCCAGAGGUCAAGCGUUCCGAGCGAAUAUCCGAGCACCCACCGCGCAUGGACAGGUGCCGAGGAGGCCUUCCGGGUCUAUGAAGAUGGCGAUCCUAUAGGAAACGGUUUGGGCGUUGGUAAAUGAUGUUAGAUUGCUGCAUUUUAGAUUUCAGCGGAUCGGUACUGGCGUAUUAUGAUGUACGAGGCGAAAUCUAGUGGAGUUUGCUGAUGACGACGAUACGGGGUACUGGCGUUUGGGGUUAUAUUGUUACCAUAUACCG